UGAGUUCUGAUUGGGCAGUAGUACCAUUGCCAUUUCUCACACAUACCAUCUCUUUCUCUCAUCAUCAAUCAUAUAACAGAAAAAAAAACCUAAAUUUCAUUUUUGUAAGCUUUACUCAGUUUCUCUCCAUACCCAUUUCAAUUUUCAACAGCUUCUCCAUCUCUCUUUCCAUGGAUUCUGACAUAAUGAACAUGAUGAUGCAGCACAUGGAGAAUCUUCCUGAGUUCUAUAACACUAAUCCCUCUCUCAUCGACCACAACAACAACACCUACCCUUUUCUGUUCAACUCAAACCAUAACCACUCUGACUCAAUGACCCACGAACCCGGUUUCCGGUAUGGUUCUGGUUUACACGCUAGCCCAGCUUACUCUUCCAUUUUACACGACAAAAGACACAAUAUUAGCAACACCGAUAACAUGGCAGCGAUGCGAGAGAUGAUCUUUCGAAUAGCCAUGAUGCAACCAAUUCAUAUAGAUCCCGAGGCGGUAAAGCCACCUAAGAGGAGGAACGUUAGGAUCUCUAAAGAUCCACAGAGUGUUGCUGCUCGGCACCGGAGGGAGAGGAUAAGCGAGAGGAUUCGGAUUUUGCAACGGCUUGUUCCUGGUGGAACCAAGAUGGAUACAGCUUCUAUGCUCGACGAGGCUAUUCAUUAUGUGAAGUUUCUAAAGAAACAAGUGCAGUCGCUCGAGGAGCAAGCGGUGGUUAACGGCGGAGGAGUGGUUAUGAAAGGGUGUGGAUCAAUGGGGACUGCUCAUCAGAUGGUAGGCAAAGCACAUAUUCUUAGAUGAUGAUGAUUUAAAAUUUUAGUAAUAUUAUAUUGAUGUCCGAUCGAGAAACAAACGACUAUAUGGAGGGUGAAAUUAAUUUAUAAAAAAAAUUGGAACUAUGAUAGUCUUUUUACUUCUAUUUUCAUGUUUAGAUCAAGUACGUGAGUGUUUCAAAAAAAAAAAAGAUAAAGUACGUGUUUGUGACGUUUUAAUGUCUGGCUCUCCAUGGUUUUGGAGUGAGUUGUAAAUUAGGUAACUACUAUCAUCGUAUCUUUUUUUUUUUGGUCUAAGAAAAAGGUGUUUUUCACCUUUUUGCCGGGAACCCAAGCAUUGUAAAUAGUCUCUUCCACCGUAAGUUGAACCCAAGUGGUGGAAAUUACAGCCGCAACCCCUUUACCACUAGAUCAACUCAACGUUGGUAUAUCAUCGUAUCUUUGUAAUGAAAGAACUGCAUAAAUAAUAGA